AUGAAGCGCAAGCGGUCAGCUCAAGGCGUCCGUAAAGCCAAAAAGGCCUCCAGAUCCAAUGGAGCUGCGCUACGUCAUUCAGAAAUGCGCAUAUCAAAGGGCAGUAAUAGAGAUGCCAAGAUCAAGCAACAUUGGCUUUGUCGAGUCUGCAGAACACUCGUCCGCGAUUCAAACAUACUGAAUGGUAGACACCAAGAAGUCAACAUGUCUACGGAUCAGGACUCUGGAAAAGAUGAACGACGUGAGCAAUUCGUUCAUCAUGCUGGAAUGAAGAGGCUGCGCGCUUCAGCGCUUGCAGGGUGCCAUCUUUGUGUCAAGCUGCUCGACAAUCUUGAUUAUCAUUUGGGAAAAGGAUACUUCGCCUUUACUGAUCAGGACCGCCACGAGAUAGAGCCUGAAGGCGAGGACGUCGCGGACGACCUCGUGCAGCAAAUUCAUCCUGCAUUGUGGCUGGGUAUAAUGCACAAACAGCGGCAGAGAAAAAGGCGCCACCUCGCUCGUCAAAGGUAUGCUCAGCUGGAAGAACUUGGAAACCCUACAGAUCCGACUAUUAUUGCACAGAUCUCUUAUGACGGAGGAUUUCACGACGAGUCCUCUCGGAUAUCAAUCAACGUCGAACCAAAUGGAAGAAUUGGAGUACCUAUGGAGACGGACGGCCGUAGAGCCAUCUGCUUGAGGCCUGUCACAGACAAAAACAAGCGAAAGGGGGAGGUGGGCCAGGACGCGCCUGUAGAUGAUCACCAUGACGCGCAAGUCAGUAUUGACACAAGGUCAAGAAGUUCAUUUGAUUUAGCGCGUCAAUGGCUUAGUGAGUGUGUGGGGAACCAUCCCCUUUGCCGGGAGGUAAACAAUUCCAAGUUCGUUCUGCCUGCUCGUCUGAUAGAUGUCGGGAGUGUCCCGGCAAGCACCACAGUGCGGGUAUGCAAUACCAGUGAUCUUAAGACCCGGCCAAUUUACGUCGCUUUGAGUCAUUGUUGGGGUGAGGUCGAGACUGUGCGGUUGUUGCAGGAGAACAAGGUGGCUUUCAAGGAUAAUCUGAAGUAUGAGGAUCUGCCAUUGACCUUUCAAGAUGCAAUUAGUAUUACCCGCCAACUGAGACACAGGUUCCUAUGGAUUGACUCCUUAUGUAUCGUCCAAGAUUGCAAGGAGGACUGGAAGUCAGAGUCUAGCGUCAUGGGAGAUAUUUAUCGGGGCUCUCUAUUUACAAUCUCGGCUAUGGCCGCCAAAGACGCUAAUGGUGGAUGCUUCGCUGAAAGAAAUCCAUUGUUGUGGUGGCCGUGUAGGCUAAACAAUACCCAUGGCAAGCCUUUGGUUGCUCAUGGGGUGUCUCUUCAUUAUCAGGUUGAGGGUGCACUCGCCAGCCGCGCUUGGGUCGUACAAGAGUGGACCUUGUCGCCGCGAACUUUGCACUACACCAAAGACGCCAUCUACUGGGAGUGCAUCGAAAAGUAUGCGUCUGAGGUAUGGGUCCGUGGAGAUAUUUCUUGGGAAAAAAACCCAAGAAUUCGACGGCCAAAAGAGGCCUUUCAGUCCCUGAUAUCGUCUUAUCGUCUGCAGGCUGGAGCACCUGAUGUCUCUUAUAAUGACUUUAGGAAUUUCCACUCCACAUGGUUUGAAAUCUUGAAAAACUUCAGCAGCUGCUCGUUGACUCAACCAGGGGACAAAUUGGUGGCUAUUCGUGGGAUCAUUCGGACUAUCGAAACAAAAACAGGCCUUACCAAUGUAGCUGGCAUGUGGAACGACUUUCUUUUACCAGAAUUACUUUGGUACACGCCGACACCAACCAACUCUUUGCGACCGUCAUAUACCGACAAGAAAGCCUAUCGUGCUCCGACCUGGUCUUGGGCUUCAGUUGACACAAUCGUUCUCAACUGCAUGCCAGACCUAGUCGGAGGUCGUUACGAGAAUAUUCUCGACCUUUCCAUGUUUGUUUCCUAUCAAUUUGAGUGGAAAGCCGAGAUUGUUCAACACGAUGUGUCGGCCAGACCUAAUGGCGAAGUAACAGCAGGCGUUCUUGUCUUGAAAGCUCCUGUGCGCAAAGUAGAAUGGGCAGAGAACAGUGGCGCAAGAGCGCGCAAACAUAGUGAUCAUGCUCGAAGCGUGAACGAUUCCUGGAGUUCAGACUUUCGUGCUGGGAUAUCUUGUGAUAGUUUCGCCGUUCUCAUAGGCCGAGGGACUAGCUCGUCGAACGUGAAGGGCGGAAGAAUCGAUGUUGGGCUUGUGGUGGAGCCACAUCCAACUCGAGGGUUCUGCUGUCGAUAUGGGGUCUUUCAGCAGUGCUAUUGGGAAGGGGACACCUAUCCCAUCUUUGCUGAGCAGCGGGACCAGGAGAAGAAGAUCAUGGUUUUAGCAUAG